AUGGCAAAGGCAGCCAACUGGCUGGCCCAGCCGGCGAGCUGCUGGGAUGCCUGCUGCUUGGUGUUCUGUCUGGAGCGGGAGUGGUUCAAUCAGCCCCUUGUUCCCGGGUCGCGCCCCCUCCCCUUGGAGAAGCAGCGAGAUGCCCCAGCAGGUAUUGCUCUGCGCCGGGCGCUGGCUGGGUCCCGCGCCCUGGAGGAAAGGUUUGAAAAAGCAGCACCUUGCAUACGAGAGCAGCUUGGUGCAAGGACACGGGGGACCUACCAGCGAACUCGCCGGAAAGACGAGGGCGCCGGGUCCCAGCUCCGGGUCUCUCCUGCAGCCUGCUCCGCGGGGCUGUGUCCAGACUGGCUCUCCCAGGCGGUUAGCAGCCAGACAGCUCCACCGCCAGCUGACGACCCGCCACGAGGCGCAGGUGCUGGUACCGGCCCCGUGUUCUGUCUGCUGGAGACACUGGUGACGGCCAUUGUGGACGAGGUGGGGAACGACUGGAUCAUCCGCAGGAAGAUGUUUGUGACGUUGGGCAUGGCCGUGGUGGGCUUCCUGCUGGGCAUCCCACUCACCACCCAGGUACGGGCACAGGGCUUCCUGCCGGGCGUCCCACUCGCCACCCAGGUACGGGCACGGGGCUCCCUGCCGGGCGUCCCGCUCGCCACCCAGCCCCCUUCCUUCCUGCCCCCUCAGUCUGUCUGCUCCCCGCCCAUGGCCCCAGAAGACACAGCUGGGGCCAUCGCUAAGUACAGCCCUCACGUGGUCAGCUUUGCCCUGGGGCCGCACGCUGGAGGGGAGCAGGCAGGAGAGGACGGGUCCCUGUCUGGGAGCACCAGCACCAGCCCAGGCCCCGGCCUCGUCCACCGCCUGGAGCCCCUCAAGGACAAGCUGAGCAUCUCCCGCAUCCACCAGGCACAGGCCCAUCUCCGGGCCCUGCUGGAGGAGGAGUGCCGGGCCCUAGAGAGACACAUCUACCACCUCCAGCGCUGCCUGGAGGAGGAACACCGGGCCGCCACGGGGCCAGUGCAGCCGGCGCAGGAGCCAACGAUGGCUGAGCUGCAGGAGCAGAGACGAGCCAUGGAGCGGGACCUGCAGCUGGGCCAGUUGGACCCCAGGCCUGGCCUCUCCCUUGAGCCUGCAGCCCCCCGACAGCCCAGCUGCCCCGUCAGCGUGUCCCCCUGCCUGGCACCAGCCGCUCCGUCCCUGUCGGGCCGCAGAGAAGCAGCACCGCGAGCCCCGGGCACUGCGCUGGGCCGAGUGCCCCCCGACGGGGGCAUCUGCUGUGUGGGCGGCCUGGCUGGGGAGCUCCAUGGAGGGGCUGCGACCCCUGGCUGGGCCCCUGGCCAAGGACAGAUGGACAGUGAUGCUGAGCAGCGGGACCUGGCCACGCCAUCACCCCGGGGAGCUGGGGUCCCUCCUGCAAGCCCAGCCUGCGGCCGCCUGGUGCCCCCGCCAGCAGCACCAGGGCCCAGCCUGGCCUUCCUCCCCUCGCCACCCCCAGAGCAGCGCCCGCCCCUGCGCCCCCUCUCCAGCCGCCGCCACAGGCUCCUGGGCUGCCCGGGGCCCAGCUAGUGCAGGGAGCCUCGCCUGCCUCGCCCGCCGGCCCUGGGGCAUGGGGAGGGGAGCCCGGGGCAGGCUGGCACAGGGAGGGGGUCCUGCCCCAUCUCCCCCCAGCUCCAGCACUGACUCCUGCCCUGCUGGGUCCCUGUGUCCCCAGCUCGGCCUUGUUCUGCCCUGGAGGCACCCCACCUGCCGGGGCAUUGCCCCCCCCCCCCCCAGUAUCAGCCCCCGCCGUGUCGUGGGGGGCAGCUCCUGAGCUGAGCACUGGGCCAGGCCUGCAGCGCCCCCUCCUGGCUGCCCCCUGCCAUGGUGCGUGGGGAGCUGUGCAGGGUGCACUGGCCUAGUGCUCAGGUGGGGGUGGGGGGCGGGAAGCUACCUGGGGCCUGGGCACUUCAGUGCUCCUGCCUCUGGGGAGGAUGGGCCCUUGGUGCUGGGUCUCCUGCCCCCAGGCUGGCCCCGUGCCCUCUCUGUGGGGCCCCCUGCCCUCACCCACCCUGGGCAGGACCCACACAGCUGCCCCCCGGCAUGGGGCUAGGAGCUGGGACCUGCCGGGUGCCUGUGCCCAGCGCCAGUGAGUUGUGGGGCAGGGCCUGGUGCCGGGGAUCGGGGCCUGAGGACCCGUCGAUCUCCCGGCUGCACUGGGCCAGGCCUGGGCAGGCAGUGCCAUGGGGGAGGGGUACCAGUGUGUCUCAUGCGUGCCCCCACUUCCCCCGCAAGAAAGGCAGCCGGCACGCGGACGCAGGAAUAUAAAUUUCAUUAAAAUCUAUCAGACUUUAAAA